AUGGGUAGAGAUCACUUCAAGAAGCCACACGAAAAGUCCAGUCACAGAUCUGCACCAAAGUCUGACAACGUCUACUUAGCAUCCCUUGCAAGAUUAUACUCCUUCUUAGCACGUAGAACUGAUGCUGCUUUCAACAAGGUUGUCUUGAGACAAUUAUUCUUGUCCAAGAUUAACAAGCCACCAGUCUCUGUUUCCAGAAUUGCAAGAGCUUUAAAGCCAGAAGUCAAUGCAAACAAGAUUGUCGUUGUUGUUGGUACCGUUACUGAUGAUGUCAGACUUCACUCUUUCCCAAAGGCUACUGUUGCAGCAUUAAAGUUCACCAAGAGUGCAAAGGCAACCAUCUUAAAGAACGGUGGUGAAGCUAUCACUUUAGAUGAAUUAGCUUUAAGAGCUCCAACUGGUAAGAACACCUUAAUCUUGAGAGGUCCAAGAAACUCCAGAGAAGCUGUCAGACACUUUGGUUUCGGUCCACACAAGGGUAAGGCUCCAAAGGUCCAAUCUAAGGGUAGAAAGUUUGAAAGAGCAAGAGGUAGAAGAAGAUCUAGAGGUUUCAAGGUCUAA